AUUUAAACCAGCCGGUGAUCAGACCCUGCAGCUGGGCUGAGCGGAGAAGCCGGACCUGGGGGCGUUUCCCGGAUCCUCUUCCAGGCAGCCCCCGGGUUGCAAGGAGAGAAUCCGGUGCUCGCUUUGCACCCAUGUAAACGAGAGCCUGGGAGCGGGGGAGAAUCUGGUGCUCAGUUGGCAGCCGUGUAAACGAGGCCAAGGGCAGCCCCAAGGCGGGGCCGGGGAUCACAUGAGCGGAUGCAGCGAGGAGCGGCGGUGGGGCCUGAGCUAGCCAGGCCGCCCCUCGGCCAUGGGGCAGGCGGCGAGCCGGGCUCCCCCGGCCCCGCUGGACCUGAACCCGCUGCCGGACGAGCUGCUGGCGCUGAUCCUGAGCUGGGUGCCGGGCCGCGUCCUGGUGACCCGCUGCCGGCUGGUGUGUCGCCGCUGGCGGGACCUCCUCGACGGGCCCACGGUGUGGCGGCUGCAGGGCGAGAGGCGGCCGGGCUUGGGGGCCACCCUGGCGGCCGCCCGCCUCUGCCUCCCGCCGCAGUGGAGCCGGAUCUGCCUGCUGGAGCCCUUGGGGCGCAACCUGCUCCGGAACCCCUGCGGACAGGAUCAGUUCUGUCACUGGCAGGUGGAGCAUGGGGGCCAUGCUUGGAAGGUGGAAGAGAACCGCUGCCCAGUCGAGGACGCCCCAGCCCAGACCUGCUUCGUCUCAUCCUUUGAGUGGUGCGUCAAAUCGCAGCUCGUAGAUCUUCUAAAGCAGGGGUUGUGGGAAGAACUGCUGGAUAACUACCAACCAGAAAUCUAUAUCUCCGAUUGGUGGGGUGCCCGGGAAGACUGUGGCUGUGAAUACUCCAUCUGCAUCAAGCUCCUGGCUGCCGACAGAAGAACUGUAAUUGCUGAAUUCCAGGCCAACCCCGAUCCCAUACAACAGUGGAACGACGCGCAGUAUCACCAGGUGUCCUACCGGUUCAGGCAGUACGGCCGCGGAGUCCGGUAUGUGCAUUUCCUCCACAAAGGGAAGGACACUCAUUUCUGGGCAGGACACUACGGCGCACGGAUCACCAACUCCACAGUCAUGGUGAAGUUCAGCUGAGAGCCAGGAGCGGGUCUCCACGAGUCUCUCACGCAAGCUGGAAUGAUGAUCUCCAUUUGCUGCUGUGAGCUCCUCUCUUAUCGUAGAACAAAUCAGAGGGAUGCGUCUCCUUUAAAUUAAUAUGCCCCUACGCUUUUUCAGUCCGUUCUUUCUGGCCAGCCUCAUCCUGCACAGGACAAAAGAGUACCGUGGCGAAUCUUCAGGUUUCUAGUGCAUGACUUUGGUCAGUGUGAACCUGCCCCUGCACGGCAGAAGCAACAAGUCUUUAAAGAUGGAAACAACUGGGCUUGUGCCAUUAUUUGUCAGGCUUUGGGAUUGUGCCAUCAGAGCGUGAAGGGGUUAAAAAAAUAGUUCUAUGAGGUGUUUUGGUUUUUUUUACCACCAUGAGGAGGAGUUGUCAGAUCUUCUCUGCCACAUUUCUGUUAGGAAGCUGCAGGGGUUUGGUUUGGGAGCUCGCUUUGUGUUCUGUUAGCUUUGUGUUCUGUUAACGGAAGAGUUUUUUCUGCCAGCUGAUGCCUGUGGCGUUGCCUGUCUGAUGUGUAUCCAGAUUCACAGGCAGGUGAGCAAAAUACCCCUCUCACCCCCCAUGCUAAUUAGAUUGCAUGGUUCUGGGGAAGGGGGGGGGUUAGAACCCAAGUCCUGCAAGCUUCGAGUAGUGCAGCGCUCAUGAGAAUACCAUACAGGGCAGCCCUUGGACAAACGUAAAUAGCCACUUGUUGAUUGUCCCGGAGUUUAUGGGGAACGUAACCAUCAGGUCUGUUCUCACUGCACUCAGAUCCCAGCAAAGCCAGCAGGCGUGGUAGACGCUCAGGCCUUUUGCUGACAUAAACUAAGGGUCAGCUUCUGAAGUGUGUAAAUCUGGAAAGACUCCAGAAGAGUGACUCCAGAUUCACACAGGUCUACAUGAGACCAGAGCCAGGGCCUAGCAGUGCUUUGGUGCAGUUCCCCCCCCCCAUCCCAUGGGUGGGGGUGAUGUGGGCGUAAGGCAAAGUCCACUCUUGUACUAACGCAUGAUCACGGGUCAUGAGCAGAGGGUUAUAGAUGGAGCCACAGAACCCACUUCCAGCAGGGGUGGACGGGCAAGACCUUUCUAGGGGACUGGGGUCUAAUUUCUGCCACGUGGCCCAGCGACGGCCUUCAGUGCAUCACCUUAUCCUGCGUACAGUCAUCAGGAUGGGCCUUAGCCAUACUAGUAAAGACAGGCCAGAACUACUGCUGGUAUAAACCAGUGUCCUGCCAUUGGUGUCUUUGCUCUCUUACACCAGCAAGGGAUACGGUCCUAUUGACCUGGAGGCGUGAUGCUGGGGGAUCUGGUGCUCUGUGUUACCUGUCUCAAAAAAAGCCCAAAUUCUGCCCCCAUUGAAGUCCGAGGCUCUGAUUCUUCUGCUGCUCAAAUGAUUGAGUGAAGAGUGAGGCCUGCUGACUCCAGUGGUCUUAAGCCUGGUUUACACUGGAGAGACUGAGAUGGGAAUUAGGGUAGCUAUUCAGUCCUAGCACUGAGCAACCUCCCAACCCAUUCCCUUGGUGCAGAGAGAGCAGGAAUGGAUGGUGGCACUUUGGGCAAGGCUGUUAUUGUUUAAAAUGAUCUCAUGGGCCUGGGCUGAAAUCCCUGGUAGGUUAGUUACUGAGAUAGCUAACGGGUUUCCUGUUGGUCGUAAUUGUUUUUAUUAAUAAAAGGGUAUGGAAGUUUUGAGCUGGUCCCCAACCAGAAAAGAGGGGCCAGCGAAUAUAUUAGCUGUUCAGUUUCACAGGGCUCUGUCCUGAAAUGGAGUCACUGGAUAUAAGCACCUGUACAGAUUGUCAAUGAAGAUUAAAGUGCUUUUCUGAA